AUGGAAAAUUUAUGGAGAAAUUGUUAUAGUGCUGGAUUGGCCCUUUUUCUUCUUUUGGGGAAGCUAACGUGCGCCGACCCCGUUAGGGUUUCGUCACCGCCAGUUUGCCCCUUAGAGUCCGUCAAAGAUUCCAUCUUGGGGUCCCAUGAUUACACCUGUUCCAUCAGUGGGAUCCGAUCUUUUUACACCGCUGGUGUAAUUGAGGGGGAUGAGGUCGCACUGCAGAAGGCACUGCAUAUGGUUCACAAAAAUACAGAUGACUAUGUUGCUCUUCUCUUUUAUGCAUCUUGGUGUCCUUUCUCUGGGUCAUUUAGGCCAAGCUUCUCUGUCCUGUCCUCCUUUUUUCCUUCUAUUCCUCAUUUUGCUAUUGAAGAAUCAGCCGUUAGGCCAAGGGUUCUUUGUGGGGCUCUAUAUCUUAAGAUGUGGCAAAGAAUGCUCUAUGUAUGGCCGCUGUAA